GAAUAAGACCCGCCCCUGUUCUCAAUUACGUCCUCAGAGCACCCUGAAAUAGCUGUGAGCACGUCGGCAAGUUUAUUCACGAUCUUUUGACUGACCAGUGAAAAUGAGUGGAAGAGGUAAGGGAGGCAAAGGACUCGGAAAAGGAGGCGCUAAGCGUCACCGCAAGGUUCUCCGUGAUAACAUCCAGGGAAUCACCAAGCCCGCCAUCCGCCGCCUGGCUCGCCGCGGUGGUGUCAAGCGUAUUUCCGGUCUGAUCUACGAGGAGACCCGCGGGGUGCUCAAGGUGUUCCUGGAGAACGUCAUCCGUGACGCCGUCACCUACACCGAGCACGCCAAGAGGAAGACCGUGACCGCCAUGGACGUGGUGUACGCGCUCAAGAGGCAGGGCCGCACUCUGUACGGCUUUGGAGGUUAA